UUGAAUAAGGUUUCAUUUUUGUCCAUUCACUUGUUGUGAUUACACCACCAUGGCUUCACAAAAGUCAAUGUCCAAAAAAGAAGGAAAGUCAACCCCAGCUCCAAAGGAAGAACAAGCUUCCGGAGCAGCAGAACCAGCAUUAGCAGCCGAUCCUAAACUAACAACGCCAGCACUGGAAACGGCUGCUUCUGCCUCAACUACAACACCAGAGUCAGCUACAAAACCUCCUGAAAAAGUCACCCCUGCACCUGGACCAGCCCCAGUGGUAGCGGCCCCAGAACCAGCUAAAGCACCAGCUUCUCCUCCAAAUCCAGCUUUCAAAUGUGAUCCUGUCGCUGUGGGUAAUCUCAGUGCUCAACAGCUUGAAGAGUUCAAAGAAGCUUUCCUGCUGUUCGCCGGAACUCCCUCAGGGGAGAUGAAGAUUUCACUAGCUCAGUGUGGAGAUGUGAUGAGAGCUUUGGGUCAGAACCCAACCAAUGCUGAAGUUUUGAAUGUUCUUGGAAAACCAAAGCCUGAAGAGAUGGAAUCCAAACUGAUCGACUUUGAGACAUUCCUGCCUAUGUUUCAACAAGUUUCAAAGUCUACUGAAAGGGGCACAUUUGAAGAUUUUGCGGAAGGCCUAAGGGUCUUUGACAAAGAAGGCAAUGGAACAGUCAUGGGGACUGAACUCCGCCAUGUGCUUGCUACUUUGGGUGAGAGACUGUCUGAGGGUGAAGUGGAUCAGUUGCUGGCAGGGCAGGAGGACACAAAUGGUUGUAUUAACUAUGAAGCUUUUAUAACACAUGUCAUGGCUGGCUGAGUGAUCUCUUCUGGUACAGUAGCAGCCUCACAUUCAUGUCAGCA